CUUUGUCCUUUGAAUUGUAAGCAAUACUCGUGGCAGCCAGAUGGGGUAUUGCCUCGCUCGCAGACAAUUGGUUUCAGUGGGUGCAAACCAUUCGCGCGACGUCAUAGUCGGAUUUGCUCACGUCAACUCCGGGGCAAUCAGGCACAUUUCAAAGGCCACCAAAAAACUUCCGUUGCGUGCAAACUUUUUACACGGCAUCAUCAUCUACGCUUUUGCAGCAGCACUAGACCGCCUAUCCAAAUCCCAUUCACGUGUGUGUUUCUGCCCCUCUUCUCUUGAUGUUGAUAUCAAACGUGCACUUCGAGUGCCAUGGCGUGUCCGUUUUCAAGAUCCCCCCGGGCCCCGUUCUCUUGAUGUUGAUAUCAAACGUGCACUUCGAGUGCCAUGGCGUGUCCGUUUUCAAGAUCCCCCCGGGCCCCGUGUCUCUUGCAAACUGGCCCCAAAAAAGUAUCGUAUGGAAAGGAUCUAUGCGCCUCACAGAGGAGGAGCAGACUGCCGUGUCGCCGGAAUCGGCUCUGUACAUGGGGCUCCGUCUCAAGUUAGAGCUAUAUAACAGGAAAUCAGCAGAGACGGAUCCAAGUCCGUUUCGAGCCCCCGAAGACGUGGUGCCGUGGGCCGAGGUGUGGUACAACCCCUUUCUGGAAACAGAUUUGGAAUAUAGAGUGGCAAACGAUGGAUCCGACACCAUAGAGAUGACACCGGAGUCGUCCAAAUACUAUCAGAUCAUCUCUCAGUUGCCCGACACUGGGUACAGCCCGAUACACAACUCGGAAAAAGGAUUCUUGCUCCAGGUAGCGCUUGGGCUACAAUUUGACGAUCCGUACAACGCGUCGUCAUUUUCCGAGAGCUUGGAGAUAUAUCGGAGGCACUUCCGAAACUUCCAGGAGAAGUUCUUGUACGACAGCAAGUUGUCUGCGCUUGAGCUCACGAUGCUGACGUCCUUGACGUUGCCCAGCUCAGGAUCGCGGUCCGCGUCCAUACUCGCGGAGGAAGACGAUGACGAGUUUGGUAGCUUUGUGGGGUCUUCGUAUGACUAGGUAUGUAUUGUUUAACCUCGUGUAUGAGCGCCCGCGAUGCGUCAU